AUGCAAGCCUUACCAGAACCACGACAACAGACCUUCGAGGAGAUUUAUGGCCCUCCCGAAAACUUCUUAGAAAUAGAGGUCAAAAACCCACAAACGCACGGCUCUUCUCCUCGAAACAUGUAUACAUCGUACGAGAUCCAUACGCGCACCAACAUCCCGGCCUUCAAACUGCGCCAUUCGGUCGUGCGCCGCCGAUAUUCCGACUUCGAGUACUUCCGCGACAUUCUGGAGAGGGAGAGUGCCAGAGUCACGAUCCCUCCGUUGCCGGGAAAGGUGUUUACCAACCGUUUCUCCGACGAUGUCAUCGAGCACCGAAGAGAAGGGCUUCAGCGGUUCUUGCAGAUCGUGGCAGGUCACCCGCUAUUGCAGACUGGUAGUAAAGUGCUAGGCGCAUUCAUACAAGGUAAGCAGAAGCAUGCAGGGUGCUCCUUCACGGCCCUCCCUGGUCAUGUCUCGGUUGCGAAGUACUAG